GGUCGUUCGUCUGGCGCACCAACACCAGCAAACCCCGGGGGGAAAUAACGCGAACUCGAUACUUCAUUGCACCUUCCUGGGAGCGCUUCGAGUUAGUCUUUCAAAUACCCGCUUCGAGAGAGCACGCGAGUUGCUAGAGUUCCAGGCUCUGAACGCUCCAAAUCACGGUCAAACAAGAUAAGUGCGCGUUUUGCAAGUUCGCAGAGUUGAAGUUAUUUUGGUUGUUUUUUUGAAUAAAAAAAAAAAAAUUGCGGUGCAUCGUUAUUACACCAAUAAUCGAACUGUUGUGUGGAGUGCGAGAGAAGAACAGAUUUCAAAGACAACACCCGCGUAGUGUGUGCAGAACAUCCAUACGUUGGGAAAAGCGAGCAGAACAAGGACUGGAAAAAGGAUUAAAACGUCGAAUACUGUUCAAUAGCAAAAAAAAAACACAAAGUGCAGUUUUGUUUUCCGAGGGCCUGUGUCCCCGACAACUCCGUCCAGACAGAUUGUUAGACAAUGAACUAAGACGAAUUAUGAUGGUUGCGGAUUUUGUAACACGGCAGCAGAACGGUUCGCCAAUCAACGGUGAAAUACCCGGCCAGAAUCAUAACAACUCCAAUAUGCCUGCACACAGUGCCUUGCUUAUGAGCAACAAUUCAACGGGACGCGGAAGUCCCACGAGUGCGGAGGAGGACUUCAACGGCAAUGGGUACGAUAUGGCGGCCCACCUCAAGCGCAAGGAGCUAUUCUCCCAGCGCAAGCAGCGCGAAUUCAUCCCCGACAACAAGAAAGACGACAGCUAUUGGGAUCGACGUCGUCGCAACAACGAGGCGGCGAAACGGUCCCGCGAGAAGCGUCGCUUCAACGAUAUGGUCCUAGAGCAACGGGUAGUCGAACUGACCAAAGAGAACCAUGUGCUAAAAGCGCAGCUGGAUGCUAUCAAAAGCAAGUACAACAUCUGCGGCGAAAACUUAGUGAGUGUCGAUCAGAUCAUGGCCACGCUGCCAACCAACGAACAGGUGCUAAGUUCGACCAAACGCGUCAAGAUCACCAGCACAUCCCCGAUAGGGUUCCCACUGGCAAGAACGCCAGUCCCGCAGCCUUCUCUGACACCCCAGCCAGGAUCACAGCUAGCGCAUCAUCAUAAUGCGCCCCAUGCCCAGCAACAGGCUAUCCAGCAGCAACUUACAGCCCAACAACAACCUCCUCAGCAGCUAUCCCAGCAAGCCGCAGUCAUUCACCCCAACCCCAACAUCGAGUCACCACCGCCACAAUCCAUCGCCUCCCAACUCCAGCAGAUCACAAUCCAGCACACAAACUCUCACUACGGUCAUCAUUCGCCAGCCGCCAGUCUAUACCGCGAGUACGAACCCAUGUCCACUGGUAGCACCCGCUGCGAAAGCACUAAGCACGAGCCAACCAUUCGAAGCCCCCUGGCCAGGGUGGACCUACUGGAUCGAGACGAGCAUCGAAGCGAACCCUUUACCGACCAUCGGGAACGUAACCGCGAGCGGGAUCGGGAUCGCGAAAUGGAUCGCGACGACAUUCCCGUACUGCAAGUUCCUCCCUUCGGCUCAGCAAACUCGCACAUCAAUGGACCCCAUAUCUCGCACCACCCAUACUCCUCGACCUACACGAUACCCAACUAUCCGGCUAGCUACGCUGGUAGUCUCUACCCGUCACCCCCACGGGAGAUCAACGCACUACUAACCGCGAACGUACUCAACCUCAGUCGCCGAGCACCAUCCCCGUACGAAACCUCCAACGGGACGGCGUCCAACAGCAGUCACAGUAGUUCCGGCGAUGAUGAUCACGAUUUGCGUGAACCGAUCCACGAUCACAACAACAGCUUACCGGUGAAGCUGCGCCACAAGUCCCAUCUCGGCGACAAGGACGCAGCCUCCGCUCUUCUUGCCCUGCAGAACAUCAAACAGGAACCCCAGAUUCGGCCUUCGUCCCCGUGGGACGAUGGCGACGGAUCGUCGGAUGAGCGCGACUCAGGCAUCUCAACCGAGUGGCCAACGAAAGCGGAGCAGAAAAUGAUGGUCCCAAUCCCGUCGUCUCCCCCCUCGACGUCGGUUUCCUCGCUCACCGGGGGAAACAUCGUAGGUGGGAAGAUAACCUCCAUCCCGGCGUCGGUCGUCAUCAGCAAAAAGGCCGAGGAAAACAUCCAUCUCCAGUCGAAAUUGGCCCGGCUGGAGUCGGAAGUGGCCACUAUCAAGAACAUGAUGAUUUCCAACACCGCUGGCAGCGGAUUUGGUGUCACGGCGGCGGCACAGUGACACCGAAGGAACACCACAUACAACCGGGAGAUCUAGUUCGGUACUAAUUUUAAUUAUUGUGAUGAACUUUCGCGUCGAGGGUUUGAAGCCAAGAAGAGUGGGAGCCGAGUGAGUGCGGUAGCUUUUGUAAGAUACGGUGGAAUGUUUUUUUUAUAAGACAGAAAAAUGAGAAUAUUUAUUGCUAAUCGUUAAGAAGAAAGAUAGCAUUUUUGUCAGUUGUUAUUUUUUGUUAUUGUAAUAAUCAAGUCCUGGUUGGAGGGCGAAAGCCCCGAUGACCGAUAAAGAAGAGUGACGAGAUAAGGCAGUUAUAUGCAACGAGGGAACAGAACGGAAAACAGUCCACAUUUGAUAACCUAGAUUUUAACUGAACUGUUUAAUACAAUGCUGAGAGGACAAGCAGUUAAAAACAACUUUUAUCUUCAGGGAAGAUUAUAGUAAAGAGAAAAUGAUUGCAGAAAUUAAUAGCUGUUGCGGAAUUACCAGCAACAGACUCGCGUAGCAUGUAGGCACGAAGUUUCGGAAUUGUGAUAUAGUUUUGUUUGAUAUAGACCAGAGGGGCGGCGCGCUCCUCUAUCAAAUAUAUAUAUUUUAUGAACAGCGAACAAAAGAAGAAGGUUAUUUUUAAUUUAUUAUUCUCUUCUGUAAGUACCACAGUUAGCAGCAUGUAAACAGCUGCAUAAGAAAUUUAUAAAAUUUCUAAUCUUUUGUUGGACGCCGGUGCCGGAUGAUACAGCUGGGUGAUUAAACAGGCGUCCCACACUAUGAGAGAUCGACCGUAAACUACGCUAUUGUCUUAAACAUUUUUAAUCCUAAUACAAAUUAUGCGAAAACUACUUUCCAAAAAAACAAAAGUUGAACCGACUUUCAGAACUGAUCCUUACCCAUUACUUACAAAUUUACUGAAGCAGUACUACUGAACUCUAUAGUAUCUAUUAUUCGGUAGUUUUAAAAUUGUCAUCAUAAUCAAGAGAAGAUAUGAAAAUCAAAUGUAUAAUUUGUAUCAAAUUUAUGUAUUUAAAUAUAUAUAUUUUUAAAAAUGA